UUCGUGCAAGCGAGGAGGGUGUGGGCAGCUGGAGGACCGGAAGUAUCCGCGGUAACCGCCGAGGAUGGCGAGGGUUGAGGCCGGGAUGGGUGGACGGCUGCCACGGGAGCAGGAUAAUGGAUCUCUGGAGAUAACACAGAGUGUGGAUGAUGAUCCUCUACUUGAUGCCGCCCUCCUUUCACCAUUGCAUACCAGGCUGCACCCCAAGUUCCACACCAUCCCUACAGUCUGCUUUGCAAAUGUGUUAUUGCUUUUGCAUGUUACUUUUGUUGUUUUGGCUUUUGUGGCAGGGGUGUCUUGUUUUUAUUCUGAUUCAAGUGAAGACAUCUGUCCUGGAAAUUACACCUAUCCACUUAAAGUGCAAACUGUUAUCAUCAUUGCCAAAGUAAUUCUCUGGAUCCUGUAUGUGGUACUUGAACGGUAUGUUCAUUUCCAUCACAGCAUGGUCAGAAGAAAAGGCUAUCUCCUGAUCUACCGAACUACAAGAAAUCUCAAAAGACUCCCAUUACUAAUUCAGUCCACAGGCAAUGCUGCCUUACUCCUGAUAUUGUCAGCACAGCAUUCCUUUCUCAACCACAAUAAAAUGUAUCUCUGCUUCAUUCUUGGAAUAUUGAGCGUGGAGCUAAUAUGUACAUUGAUAUGCCUGGUUGUCUACACAGUGAAGGUAAGCAAUUUUAAUCGGGCAAAACCAAGACCUGAUGUAAUAGAAGAAGAGAAGAUAUAUGCUUAUCCUAAUCAUGUAACCUCAGAAAUUGGAUUCAGGGACACCUCAAGCUUGGAAGAAAUAGUUGAAAAACAAGGUGAUGUGAUUGAAUACCUUCGACGGCACAAUGCCCAGCUUAGCAAGAAACUGUUGGCGGUAACUUCCCAGCAGGGCAGAGGCUAGUUUUGGACACAGAAUGGUGGGUGGACAACAGAGGAAAACACUGGAAUGACCUUAAUCUUGACUCAUCCUUUCAAUGUUGAAUGUGCAUCUUAUGCAAAUUGAUCUGCGAACCAGGUCUGCAGUCCAGGUUCUGAAAAGCUCGCUGAUCUCUUCUGGUUCGGUGCUAAAACAUCUUGGUUUUUAAAGGACAUUCAUUUUAAAAAAGUGUUUUCAAAAAUUCCUGCAGUACAGGAAAUGACAUUAGCUAGGAAAAACUCUUCCUUGGUCAGUUGUUAAUGGUUGUUGAACUUCUCUAAUUGAAACUAUAGCAAAUUGCCAAAGAUCUUUGUAGUAGCUUGGGAUUUGGUCCUUUUCACAAAUUAACAUAGAGAAAACACCCUAAUUUCUGAGGCAUCAAAAUAGUAAUAUCCUGUAUUGUAAACAGUAAGGUCAUCAUGUUAUUGGUGGGCAAAGCUGUCACAUCUAUCUGAUGGGUUGCUAAGAAGUUGUCUAAUGUCCGAAAAGGUCUGUCGCCAUCAAAAACUUGUUGAAUCCACCAGUGUAGACACAUCAAUGACAAAAUAGCAUUGCAAAUUCAGUGACUAAUGCCAGUGGAAAUACAGGCAAAGCCCUACACUAACCUUUCCCAACAUGGCGCCUUCCAGAUGUUUGGAGGUACAAUUCCUAGGUUUCUUGACCAUUAGACAUGGUGGCUGGGGCUGUUGGGAGUUGCCCAAGUUGGUGAAGGAUGCCCUGCACAACUGAAAAAAAGGAUGUAAAGAACUGAAGGAUUCAGUGGUUAAUUGAUGAUAGUUAUAUAGAUAAAACAGAUUUUGUAUCAGUUAGAAUAAUGUGUAACACAAAUAUGCAAAGAAGAGGUGAAUGACCUGAAAAUUCUCUGGUUUGUUCACAUGUGAAUUCUCAAAUCCCAUGGUUAGGAAAUUGUGGCGUAAUGAAGGUAUCAACACUAAUUUCUUGCUGCCUUCAGAUUUUAUUUUACAAGCUACUUAUGCAUUUCUGCAUAUCUUACUCGUAGGAGAUAAAUGAGCAUAAUUAAGGGAAAGUGCAUGUGUAUAUAUUUAUGAAUGUACACGUUAACAAGCUGCCGGUAAAGUGUUUGCAUCCUAAGUGUUUGUGAUGUCAUUAGGAAAUCAGUGAACUGCUUCUACUGUGAACAAACCAUGUGUGUGUGCUGCUUAAACAGCUUUAAAUUUUUCUCCAGGAAAACUACUUCUGCUAUAUCUUUUAAAAUUAUGCAUAUCAGAUGUAUGCAAAUCAGAACAAACAAAACCUUGUUCAUAGCAGUUUCUGUAUCCUGAACUUUGGAAAUGGGUCAAACUAAACUUUAAAAGUGAAAGUACUAUUUCCCUUCCACUCUGAACUCGCUAUGAUUAUUGCUGCAAAUACUUUAUAUUUUGGGUAGAAUCAUCUUCUGCUGUACUGAUAGCAGCUUCAGAGAUCAGCUUGAGAAGGUUGUGAGAUCUAGAGCAGGUUUGGAGGGAAGCUGAGAGAAGGACAAAGUCCCAUUGUGUUAGCUGACAUUUGCACAUGUGACACUGAAUUUCUCCCUUUGAUGUCUUUGAAAAUGUCAUUGUCCCCCCCACCCCCCCCCCAAAAAAAAAAGGUAAAUGGUUAGCACAAUGUUCACAUAGUCUGCUUUGGCCAUGUGGUUGCUAGAUUUUAUUGAACUUUGUAGAUGGUAACUGUUAGGACAUGUUCUAUUUGUAAGUUCCCCAUCCAACUAUAAACAGCUUCCCAUUGUCUGCUUUACCUCUUUCCUGCUGACAAAGCCUGUUCUUGCUGUGAAUAUUCUGAUCAUUUUUUGAUAGAAGGAUAAAGAUGUUAAAAAUUGGGGAAACUCUAAACAUGUGCUCUGAUCUUGUUUAGGAAGAACAAAAGCAACCUACUCUGUUAUACUUGGUGUGAACUGACUGUUACUUCAUUGCUCAGUGAAACACAUAUAUAGUAUAUAAGGGACAUUGUAAGAAUGCUGCAGCUGGCCACUUCUAGCACUAACAGGUGAUUUUCUUUUUGGCUGUGCAAUAAAAACACAGCUGGGAUUUUAUAUAGAAGCUGAAGAAGGAAUAUAUAUAACUUUCCUUUUGAAAGACACUCAGGUUUUGAUGUGAUUUGUUCGUAACUUGUUCAAUAUAUUUGUACUAAAUAUGGUGAAAUAAUAAUAAAAUGCAACAAACCUGUCAUUAUUACUAAUUAAA